GCGGCUGCAUGUCCACCGGAGCCAACCGGGAGCGCGCAGCUCAGAGGGAGGAGACACGGCCAGGAAGCUUCUGCGUAACCUUGGCGGCUCGGCUCCUUCCUCCGCUUCACGGCCGCAGAGGGACAGCAGCUCCGUUAACCGACCACCGGCAGCAGGAUGAUCGCGGCGCAGCUCCUGGCCUACUACUUCACCGAGCUGAAGGAUGACCAGCUCAAGAAGAUCGAUAAGUACCUGUACUCCAUGCGCUUCUCUGACGACACGGUGAAGGACAUCAUGAACCGCUUCCGCCGGGAGAUGGAGAACGGGCUGGGCCGCGACACCGGGCCCACGGCCACCGUGAAGAUGCUGCCCACCUUCGUCAGGGCCAUCCCCGACGGCUCAGAGAAGGGCGACUUCAUCGCUCUGGACCUCGGCGGCUCCAACUUCAGGAUUCUGCGCGUCAAGGUGACCGAGGACAAGAAGCAGCCGGUCCAGAUGGAGAGCCAGGUCUACGAGACCCCCGAUGACAUCAUCCACGGCAGCGGGACACGGCUCUUCUCCCACGUUGCUGACUGCCUGGGCGACUUCAUGGAGAAGCAGAAGAUAAAGGACAAGAAGCUCCCGGUGGGCUUCACCUUCUCGUUCCCCUGCGCUCAGACCAAGCUGGACGAGGCGGUGUUGUUGACGUGGACCAAGAAGUUCAGAGCCAGCGGCGUGGAGGGAACCGACGUCGUGAGCCUCCUGAACCGAGCCAUCAAGAAACGAGGGGACUACGAGGCCGACAUCAUGGCGGUGGUGAACGACACCGUGGGCACCAUGAUGACCUGCGGCUUUGACGACCAGCGCUGUGAAGUGGGCGUCAUCAUCGGGACCGGAACCAACGCCUGCUACAUGGAGGAGCUGCGGCACAUCGACCAGGUGGAGGGCGACGAGGGCCGCAUGUGCAUCAACACGGAGUGGGGCGCCUUCGGGGACGACGGCUCGCUGGAGGACGUCCGCACCGAGUUCGACCGCGAGAUCGACCGCGGCUCCAUCAACCCGGGGAGGCAGCUGUUCGAGAAGAUGGCCAGCGGGAUGUACAUGGGGGAGCUGGUGCGCCUCAUCCUGGUGAAGAUGGCCAAAGAGGGGCUCCUGUUCGAGGGCCGCAUCACGCCGGAGCUGCUCACCAAGGGCAAGGUGGAGACCAAGCACGUGUCCGCCAUCGAGAAGAGCAAGGAGGGGCUGAAGAAGUGCAUGGAGACGCUGACGCGGCUCGGCGUGGAGCCGUCGGCCGAGGACUGCCUGGCCGUGCAGCACGUGUGCACCAUCGUGUCGUUCCGCUCCGCCAACCUGGUGGCCGCCACGCUGGGCGCCAUCCUGGCCCGCCUCAAGGACAACAGGGGGGCGGCGCGCCUCCGCACCACGGUGGGCAUCGACGGCUCGCUCUACAAGAUGCACCCGCAGUACGCCCGCCGCCUGCACAAGACGGUGCGCCGCCUGGUCCCGGACUCGGACGUCCGCUUCCUGCUGUCGGAGAGCGGCAGCGCCAAGGGCGCCGCCAUGGUGACGGCCGUGGCGUACCGCCUGACGGAGCAGGCGCGCCAGAUCCAGCAGACGAUGGCGGAGUUCCGGCUGAGCAAAGCGCAGCUGCUGGAGGUGAAGAAGCGCAUGAGGCAGGAGAUGGAGAGAGGCCUGAAGAAGACCUCCCACCACGAGGCCACGGUGAAGAUGCUGCCCACCUUCGUCCGGAGGACCCCAGAUGGAACAGAGAACGGUGAUUUCCUGGCUCUGGACCUCGGGGGGACGAACUUCCGCGUUCUACUGGUGAAGAUCCGCAGCGGGAAGAAGCGCUCGGUGGAGAUGCACAACAAGAUCUACGCCAUCCCGGUGGAGGUGAUGCAGGGCACCGGAGAAGAGCUCUUCGACCACAUCGUGCACUGCAUCUCCGACUUCCUGGACUACAUGGGGAUGAAGAGCGCCCGCCUGCCGCUCGGCUUCACCUUCUCCUUCCCGUGCCACCAGACCAGCCUGGACGCGGGCAUCCUGGUGAACUGGACCAAAGGAUUCAAGGCCACAGACUGCGAGGGGGAGAACGUGGUGGAGCUCCUCCGGGAGGCCAUCAAGAGGAAAGAGGAGUUCGAGCUGGACGUGGUGGCCAUCGUGAACGACACGGUGGGCACGAUGAUGACCUGCGCCUACGAGGAGCCCAGCUGCGAGGUGGGGCUGAUCGCAGGGACCGGCAGCAACUGCUGCUACAUGGAGGAGGCCGGCAACGUGGAGCUGGUGGAGGGGGCGGCGGGGGCGGGGGGGGGCAUGUGUGUGAACAUGGAGUGGGGCGCGUUCGGGGACAACGGCUGCCUGGACGACAUCCGCACGCAGUACGACCAGGCGGUGGACGAGAACUCGCUCAACGACGGCAAGCAGAGGUAUGAGAAGAUGUGCAGCGGCAUGUACCUCGGAGAGAUCGUCAGGCAGGUCCUGAUCGACCUGACCAGGCGCGGCUUCCUGUUCCGGGGGCAGAUCUCCGAGACGCUGAAGACCCGGGGCAUCUUCGAGACCAAGUUCCUGUCCCAGAUAGAGAGCGAUCGUCUGGCGCUGCUGCAGGUCCGGGCCAUCCUGCAGCAGCUGGGGCUCGACAGCACCUGCGACGACAGCAUCAUCGUGAAGGAGGUGUGCGGCACGGUGUCCCGCCGCGCGGCGCAGAUGUGCGGAGCCGGCAUGGCCGCCGUGGUGGACAAGAUCCGUGAGAACCGAGGCCUGGACCACCUGGACACCACGGUGGGCGUGGACGGCACGCUCUACAAGCUGCACCCGCACUUCUCCAGGAUCUUCCAGCAGACCGUGAAGGAGCUCGCCCCGAAGUGCGACGUCCAGUUCCUGCUGUCGGAGGACGGCAGCGGCAAGGGCGCCGCCCUCAUCACGGCCGUGGGCUGCCGCCAGAGGGAGCUGGACGCGCAGCACUAAGCCCCGCCCACAUUUAACCACCGUCACCCAACUCCACCUCCCAUUGGCAGCCGUGACUCUGCCCCGCCCCCUUUACCCCCCCCCCCCACACCCCACACACACACACAGCCAGUCAUGCUGCAUUAACAGUGAAUUAAAUAUGUUUAUUAUUUACACGCUUGUACAUUUUAACAACCGUCACGAGAUUAAUCUAAACAUUGUGUGUCGCUAAUUUUAUUUUUAUAUGGAGGCAAAUAUAUAAUCAUACCUGCAAACUUGUCACCUUUCGGUGAAAUUCACCGUUUUGAGCUCAAAAUAGGUCAUCCACGUGAAUCGUGGAGAUCCGAAGAGUUGUUUUUUUGGGGAGGGGGUCACCUGGCCCGCUGCCGUUGAGAUGAGUGUGAAGUGUUGCUCCUCGCAAUAAAACAUCUUUGAUGGAACGUGUCGCGUCUCGGCCAAUCAGCGUUCAGAUGUCGACAGCGUUUGGGGGUUCAGGUUAGCUUGAAUGUUAGCCCGCUACGUCUACUGCUGUCACGCUGCACGGUGUAGCGAUGCUAACAAAGUACCGUACGUUAAACACGAUGUGAUUUAGCAUAUUUUUAGUAUCGAUACUUCAUUAAGAGAGCGAUCAGAGCGCACGCGCUGCUCCGUGUCGAGCUGUCUGCGCACACUGCGCUGCGCAGCUCACAGCGAGAGAAGAGGCGGAGCUUAGAGACUUCGGCUUAACAAAUAAAAGAUGCCAGAAGUGAAAUGUUUCAGUCUGUAAAGUUCUGUAACUCUCCAGCUGCUCAUCCUGAUGAACUGUGGAUCAUCUGGUCAGAGACUAACGGCCUCAUAGUGUAUCAUCAAUGCUAUGAUGGAACCAUGUAGUUUCAUUCAUAUCUGGCUGUAUUAAUACUAAUAUUACUGUCAUUUGUUAAGUGUUGAACAAGUUGGUAAAAAGUGAACCAUACAGAUGUUUUAUUUAUUACUAUUAUAGAUAAAUAUACCAGUCUCGUAAUUAUGGUACCAUGUUGUUUUUAUGGUGUUGUAUUGAAUUCUGGCAUCAGGUAUCAUGAUAUUUAUGGCAGGUAUGUAAUAUGUAUAGAAGUUAUAAUAUGAGUAUCGUGACAAACAGGUAGAGACAGAACAGAUUCAGGGAGAAGUCCAUGAGGACUGUUCAGCAGGAAAAAAAAGGAAGUUGGUUCAUGAAUGACUUUAACCAUAUUAUAUAUAAUGACAAUGUAUAUUUGUUAUUACUAUCAUUAUAGGGCUGAGUCAGAGCGGAGGACCUUUUGUUCUUAAACUGUUUAUCAUUAUUUAGAUUUGUGGUCAGAACAAUAAAAUGACUAGUUGUGGUUCUAAAAGCUUUGAGGCUUCAAACAAUGUGGAUGUGGUGUGGUGACAAAAAAAAGAAAGUCACCUGCACCCCCCCCGCCCCCCCCGUUGUCACCUUUUUCACCCCUCAUGAGUUUGCAGGUAUGAUAAUAUUGUAUUUAUAUAAGCUGAGGCCACUUUGAACCCCAGAGGUCAACAGGAGUUUUGCACCAUAAACACCCACACAGAAGAAAAAGGGUUCUUAAAGGUUCCUUAGAAGGCUUUGUGGUUCUACGAAGAACCAUCACCUGCUGGAGAACCGUGAUGGUUUGAGGCACCGUAAAAGGUUCUUUAAAGAAAUCUUUAAGGAAAUGGUUCUUUGAGGAACCAGAAAUGGUGCCUUAAACAACCAUUUUUGUAGGGUUCUCUGAGACACAUUUAUGGGUUCUUUGAAGAACUCUUUAUGGACAUGGUUCUUUAUUGAACACCAGGGUUCUUUGAGGAACCAGAAAUGGUGCCUUAAAGAACCAUUUGUUGAAGGUUCUUUGAGACACCUUUAAAGGUUCUUUGAAGAACUCUUUCAGGAAAUGGUUCUUUAGAGAACCCUGGGUUGAAAGGUUCUCUGUGGAACCAUAAAUGGUUCUUCUCUGGCAUCACUCUGAAGAACCAUAUCCGGUUCCAGGUGGCCCCUCCAUGGUUCCGUGUUCUGCAGAAGGCGUUGUUACAGGAAGUAACUCCAGGCCGGGUCACGGCUGCCGAGUCCUCGUCUCUGAUCACCGAUUGGCUACUGACCCUCCGUGUGUCACGCCGUGUCGCUGCUCCUCCAGGAGGCGCGAGGGGGGAGGAGCUUCUCGUGAACUCUGCUGUGCUUUAGGUGUCGUGGUGAACUUCUUACUCGUCGUCUGUGCGAAGAAUCCAUGUUUCCCGGAGCGGUGUUACCAUGACGAUGUUCCCAUCUCGACUGCAUGCCUUGAGGGGGGAGGGGGGAGGGGGGGGGGCUCGCGUUCCCGUUUCUCUGUUUCACGUUUUGUUUUUUUACGUCUUUGUAGAUUUUCGUGGUUUUCUGCACACGGUGAAAAAGUGAAUUCAUUAAAUUAUAUUUUGUCGUGUUGAGUA